AUGUUGUCGCUGGCCGCCACGCACGGCAUCAUAGCUGUGAUUGGCGCAGUGGCAGGGAUCAUGAUUGGCAUGGUUGGUGUUGGUGGCAUCAUCCUCGUGCCGGCCCUCAUCCAACUCCCCAACAUCAGCGUGCAAGAGGCCAUUGCGUCAUCGCUGUUCUCGUACAUCUUUGCUGGCAUUGCGGGAACCGGGUCAUACAUGUACGGGUCGACCAUCUCGUGGACACACGCGCUGUGGCUGCUGCUCGGGUCUGUGCCCGGCGCCAUUGCCGCGCCGUUUGCCCUAGACCACAUCUCAGACCUCGCCAUCAAGCUCGUGCUGUACACCAUCAUCCUCCUGUCGGCCAUCUUCUCCACGUAUCGCAGCGUCGUCGAAUGGAAGCAGACGCACAGCGAGGAGCACCGGCGGUCGUCCUCGGGCACGUUUGUGUCGCGCCACAACUCCUGGGAGAACAGCGACGAGGAGCCCUCCAUCAGCGCUGACAGCGACGCGUCCUCCCUGCACCAUCGCCAUCAUCACCACCAUCACCAUCAUCGUCAUCGUCAUCAGCACGAGGGUGUCAGCACAUCUAGAGAUGGAGGGCUGCCCACAUCGACGCUGCAGAACGAAUUUGGGGACGCUGACGUCUUUUACGACGAAGACGCAACAGCCACGGGCACACGCGCGCAAGGCGAUGCAGAUGAUGCACAACAACAACAACAACAACAACAACAACAACAACAACAACAACAACAACAACAACAACAACAACAACAACAACAACAGCAACAACAACAACAGCAGCAGCAGCCGCAGGAAGAAGGAUGUGAGGGCGAGGGAGACGGUGAUCGGAUGGCGACAGCCAACGGAUGCAUCGAUGGCGAUAGUGCCAUGACCUCGAAAGACGAGGAGGCAAAUAGCCAACUUGUCAUCACAGGGCCCGUCACCACCAGGGACAUUGUGCUGCGGUUUGCAAUUGGCGUGUUUGUUGGGUUUGCAAGUGCCUUGACGGGGUCAAGUGGCCCUGUUCUCCUGCUCCCCAUCCUCAUCAGCCUCAGAUGGGAUAUCUUCAUCUCCUUGGGGUGUGCGCAGGCAAUACAGAUCCCGAUUGCGGUGGCGUCUGUGAUUGCAUAUGUGAUUGGGCGGCCGGGCGUCAUCGACUUUGCCAUUGGCGGUGUUCUCUCCGCAACCCUCGUCCCCCUUCUUUGCUUCGGGGCGUAUCUUGCGCAUCGGUUGGAGGCGACAACGCUGAAGCUCGUGGUCAGCGUUGUCCUCGUGGUGGCCGGUGUCGGCCUCUUCUCGCAGCUCGCAGUGACAGAGCUGUCGUGA